CCAUGGGGUUGGCGCCGGCGGUAACGUUCUUGAAGCCUUCGUGGAUGAUGGCCUGGGACAGCACGAUGCUGGUGGUGGUGCCGUCGCCGGCGGCGUCGUUGGUCUUGGUGGCGGCUUCUUUCAGCAGCUGCGCGCCCAUGUUCUCGAAAGCGUCGGGCAGCUCGAUCUCUUUGGCGAUGGUCACGCCGUCGGAGCAGAUCUGCGGGGGACCAAACUUCUUGUCCAGCACGACGUUGCGGCCACGGGGACCCAGGGUAAUCUUGACCGCGUCGGCCAGUAUGUCGAUGCCGGUGCGCAGCGACUUGCGGGCGUCUUCAGCGUAUACCAACUUCUUUGCGGGCAUUGCGGGGUUCUCCUCGUUGGAGUGUGCGCUAUCAGGGUUCAGGAGUUGGAACGCAACUGCUAGCCCAGUUUGGCCAGGACGUCGGAUUCGCGCAUGAUCAGGUACUCUUUCAUCGUCGUCGUCAUAUUCGGUGCCGGCGUAUUUGGAGUAGAUGACCUUGUCGCCCACGGAAAGUUCCAUGGCAAUGCGGGAGCCGUCGUCAGCGACGCGGCCCGAGCCAACGGCGAUGACCUCGCCCUCCUGGGGCUUUUCCUUGGCGGUGUCGGGGAGCAGGAUGCCGCCCCGGGUCUGGGUUUCCUGUUCCAUCGGCUUGAUGACGAUUCGCUCGCCUAGCGGUGUGAAACUUGCCACUGAUUGCCUCCCUGGGUUGGAAUGUU